AUGGACUGUCUGUGUGGCGCUGGCCAAAGAAGGACUCAUCGACGGAUCUUCAGUCACCGCUGCUGUUAUGAGCACUGUGAUGGCAUCUUCCUCACCCUCGAUGGUUCUGUCUCCGACUGCGAAAACCACUGGGCGCCAUGGCAGGGCUUGACUUGGCUGAAUGCAUCUAUGCCACUCUGUUGUGAUACUGGUAAUGGCGCGCCUGGUCUGGAGGGCUCGCUUGCACCACACAUGGACCUCACAAUAGUGAUCAUCCUUUACACGCCAACGAACCCAACCCAACCCGCGCUUCCUCACGGCCUCGCCAGAGUCGACGCCCAAACAGGCCGUAGCCUACAUCCACGAGUCUCGGUCCCAAUACCAGCGACGAACAACCUCGUCGCAAUACAUAUUCUCGAGUCCGACAUGACGACCGCAAGAGGUGGCUUGAAGGCAUCGUCAUGGGCGACACCAUCUUGCCAAGCGGUUCCUUCGAGCAUUACACGAACGAUGCCGUGGCUGCCCAACUUGAUGCUCCAAUACGAUCUAUUAGCGUUGCACCUUGUCUUUUUGUUACAGAAAAUCUUUUCGUAUGGAUACCCGUGA